CGAUUCUGUGCCGUGAACAUCUGUCCUUCUCUCUACAGAUUUCAUUCAUCCUGUGUACUCUUGAACUGGCUUCAAGGUGCAGGCCGGACCUGUUGCCUGUUUGAAGGAACAUCGUUACGUAUACUUCCGCGGCGGAAGACAGAUUGCCUUAUCGGAGCACUCCUAGAGUGGAUCUGGUUGGUAGGCUGCUCGACGCGGAAUCGUUCUACUAAAGGAAACAGCUCGUGAUUAUGCGCAUGUCUGUGGCUCAACUGAUACUCAGUUAGCAUCAAAAAUCUUCAGGAUGGCUUCAACCACAGACACCCCCACCUCAUCGUCGGACUCGCCAGAGAGCUUCAACCUGCAUGUCUUGUGUCCGUCAUUGCCUCCGCCGAACCGGUUCACCAUCGAGGAUGUGUCUCCAUCUACCACUGUUGCAAACCUCAAGGCCCGCCUCGCACAGUCAAUCCCAAGCCAGCCGUCUCCGGAAAGUCAGCGAUUAAUUUAUCGCGGAAAACCCCUCCUGAAUGAUGCGGCUGCGAUGAAAGAUGUACUGGAACCGCCUAAUGCUACCGAAUAUUCGAUCCAUCUUGUCCUUCCCCCAACAUCGGAGUCUGCGGCACCACGCUAUUUUAGCUCUUCUGGCCCGCAGUCACCGCAGCCAGAUAGUGGAAUGAAUUCCAGGCCUCCGAAUCCGCUUAACACCAACCGGCAACCUGCUCCAGCCCGUGCGGCGCACAAUGACUGGGAGGCCACACCCAGAAGUGAGCCAGUGCGCACAGGCACGCACGAAGCCGACGUCGGAGCGACACUGCGACGGAACAUUGAGGCCCUGCGCCGAGAGAUUGAGAUACGAGAGCAAAGCUUAAGUGCCUUCUCCUCCAGCAUGAACCCCGUACUUUCAAUGUUGCGGCAGCGAGCAGCGUUGACGGACCCCUCGUCCUACCGCCCCGAGCUGUCCCGGACAUCCUCAUCCGAGACACUGGCAGCCACCGGUCUUCCAACCACAGGGUCCCCCUCCAAUCCGCACAUAUCUGAAGAGGCUUCACUCCGUCUGCAGAUCCUGAUGCGUCAAGUUGAGUUUGCAGAAUGUCAACUCAAUCACGGAAUUGCACCUCCCAUGGACCACAUCAUCCGAAUUCGGACACACCUAUUCACCAUACUGGAUGCGCAGCGCCAGAACCCUCUUGCCGAGCGGGAUGGCUCAAUCGAAGGGCUGCUGUCCCGCGUCCUCAACAUAUACACACGCGCCGAUCAGCUACGCCUGUCCGAGGCCAGAUUCCCACGAUCGCAGACCGCAUCAACCAGUGCCAUCAAUACACCCGCAUCUGGCCUGACUUCACUGUAUCUGUUGUCAUCGCCAUCCGGAUACGAAGGUAUCAUAACCACUUCCCCGGGAGCCGAAGAACUGCAAGCGACGCUCGACAGCCUUCGCGCACUGCACCUGCCGGACCGCGGUCCCAUCCCAGACACUGCCCCCGUGCCCGAGUUCCGGCCCAACGCAAAUGCAGUCGUCAUGGAGAACGUAGUGCGCCAGGCCGUGCUCAACCAGCGCGGGGUCGGCAACAACGCGAACAACAACGGCCAGCUAGGCUUCGGGCGGAUCAUUAGACGGCUCUGGCAAUUCCUCCGGCUGUACUUCUUCUGCUACAUGUUCACCGAACCAGGCACCUGGGCGCGCGUGUUCUUCGUGACCCUGGCCGUGCUCUAUGUACUGUCCAUGGAAACCGGGGUCGAUCAGCAACUGUACCGGACGCUCGUGGCUCCCGUGCAGCAGCACCUCGAAGGCCUGGUGCACUUCACUCCGCAUGAGCCAGCGCAGGCCCAGCAAAGCCAGGGUGGCAGCACGGACGGUCAACGCGGUGUCGGAGCUCCAGCGACUGGUAACCCUCGCGCAGGGGUGGCGGGUGAAAUGCGAUUUCAGUUGCGCAGGGUGGAGCGGUCCGUGGCGUUGUUCAUUGCGAGCUUGGUUCCCGGGGUCGGCGAGCGCCAGGUUGCGGUGCGCAACGCCGCGGAAGCAGCGCAGCGCGCGCGGGAGGAGGAGGAGCGCCGUCAACGUGAGGAAGCGCAGCAGCAGCCGCAGCCGCAGCAAGAAUAGGAGACCCAUGUUGUUGCAGAGGAGCGUGAGAGUGGAGGUCACACUACGAUACCCCAGGCAGCCGAGAACUGACUCAAGCGUCAGCCAUAUUUCCAUCGGACCCGCCUUUGAUUUUUGCC